UGCCGUCAGGCUUGCUUUUAAUUGCGGCUCGGCCGGCGAACGCGCGUUUCACGUGAUUUCUGCACGUCUCGCGUUUGGGUCUUGGGCGCGAAGGGAGUCAGUAGUCAGUCCAGUGCUCUGCGGGCGAUCGCGAGCAGUCAAACCGCGAGAGCAGAGCAGAGGGGGUGGGACGGCCAACACGCACCCAGAAAGCAACUCGCGCGCCUUCCCUCGACGCGGCCGCCGCAGACCAGCGCGCACACCAGCCUUUCUUUUCGAACAGUUCCUUGGCCGACGGCGGACGGACGGGCAGUCGCUCGCACCUCACACUUUAACUUAAGAUGUGGAUCUCGAUGGUGCGAGCACUGGCCGCCGUGGCCCUCUGCACACAGCUAGUGCCCGAAGGGAGCGAGGCCCUUCCGGCGGGUGUGCAGGACAUUGAAAAUUACAACUCGUACCCGCCCUCUCUGGAUGGUAACUCAAGAAGAAGACGGGAUCUUUUUCAAAUUGAAACCAAGAGAGGGGCGACCAAGUACUGCGGCAAGCAUUUAGCCAACGCGCUGCACUUAGUCUGCGAUGGAGUGUACUUUGUUCCUGAAUGGAAUAAGAAGUCUUUGCCAGACACUCAAGACUACUGGCAGGACGAGUCAAACUACCCUUUCCGCUCUCGCGCGUCGGCGUCUCAGCUGAUCCCGUCAAACCGGCGAGUGCGUCGCAAGCCGCGCGGCAUCGUCGACGAGUGCUGCCUCAAAAGCUGUUCCAUCCAGGAAAUGAAGAGCUACUGCGGCCCCCAGAACUAACCCCCUGCCCCCGGCGAACCCCCGCACACCACAACCCUAAAAAAUGAUUUAAUAGCACACACAAACCCGUUGUAUUUUCUAAAUGUCUGCGCAAGCAAUUUUUACGGGCAGACCCGCCGCGUUGACCAACGACAUUAAUGUGGUGUGAGGAGACCCUGUUGUUGUGUGCCAGCCAGCACCCGAUGAUCUUUUCCACGGUUUAAAAGCACAACCUUUGGCACCACCCUCCCUUUCAUCGCCAUUCAAAGUCGAUCUGUGUUUCGUGUCCCCGCUCGGUGUUUCUCACUCUACUUAAUUUUAUUCUGGUGGAUGGAAACUAAUAAAACUAAGAAGAGUCAAAAUAAAUUUAUA